AUGUACUCAAUGCAUCCCGUACAGGCUAUGUCAAACGGCGGUAUUGGGAACGGCAUCAUGGAUACGUCGGGGACUAUCAACCCAGCAGCGCUGAAUUCCGCAGGCGCGCACGGGAAUCAGUCACAGUCGGUGGCACAACAACAAACACGGGGAAUUAAACGCAGUCGUUCCCCAGAUCACAGCUUUGGAGAUGCGCGACAAGGAGAAAAUGGCGAUGAUUUAGAUGAUGGCAAACCACGAAAGCGCGGUCGCCCGCCCAAGCCAGGUAAGAUCCCACACUCUGCAAGUUCGAGCAAUGUCUCGCAAGUACUCCCACCAACAACCCGCGCAGGUCCCGCCCCUCCUGUACAGACACCUCAGAUACAGAACACUGCGAUCCCGAGAGCUUCGCCCAAGCAAGCUUCUCCGCCAGCAAAACCCACUUAUACGAAGCCUCCGGUCCUCAAGGCCUUGCCAACCGUAAGAGAUCACACCACCGAUCAAUUGAACCCCGAAGGCGACGAAUAUAUACCCCGCGAGAUUGAUGAAGCCGGUGAGACCAAGGUGACACAGCUAGGACAUCCAUUGGAUGGGCGCGUGUACCGCUGCCGCACAUUCUUUGUGCCUAACAGAGGGAAGAAGCUGUUCAUGCUUGCAACUGAAUGCGCCCGCGUUCUCGGAUAUAGGGAUUCUUAUUUGCUCUUUAACAAGAACAGAUCUCUCUUCAAAAUCAUUGCCACGCAGCCUGAGAAGGAUGACCUCAUCCAUCAGGAGAUCCUACCCUACUCCUACCGGUCUCGCCAGAUUGCCAUCGUCACUGCGCGAUCCAUGUUCCGUCAAUUCGGAAGCAGACUGGUUGUGAAUGGCAGAAGGGUUCGUGAUGAUUAUUGGGAGAGCAAAGCCAAGAAACAGGGCUUCACAGAGGAAGAUGCUGCCGGGGAGAAGAGGCCAGGCGCCGCGAAGGCCAGAGAGGCUGCCGCUGCGGAAGCCAACCAGGCGAAUGCACACAACUUGGCAUUCGCACAUCCAGGUCCCUACACUGGCAAACUCGAGCAGGACUACUCUGGCAUGGGGAUGGGUCAAAUCCAACCAUUUGGCGGCAUCACCGCAGCGCCGGGGACCGUUCCUGCAGCGAACUCCGAGCCUUUCAACCACCGGACAACGGCCGACAUGCAGCCACGAGACUACAGUGGCGUUCAGCGACCGAGACAAGAGAUCUCGGGUGCACCGUACCAGGACUCGAGCAGGCCCAGUGGAGCCGGCGAGAUCAUGCAGCAGGCGGCUCAGUCUGCUGAUUUCAACAAGCAACUAGAGCAGUCGCGCAAGAACCGCAAGGAGUACCUCGAGAACUAUUGGGCUCGUCCUCAUGAGCCCCCCGCACAACCUCAACGACCUGCUACAGCAGAAGCAGAGGGAUCCCCUCAGGUCACCCAAGCGGUCCAGUCUCCUCAUCUCCCUGCCGCAAAUGCUCCCCUCCCCUCCAACCAGUAUGCAGCGGUGACCGGAACUCCACAGAGGCAGCCAGCUACCUUGCCUCCGCAGUCUUAUCGCCCGCCGUCCCAUACACAGAACCCCAUGGUACCCUCGCCCAUGGCAUCUCAGCAUACACCUCUUCGGAAUGAUCAGAUGCACAGGCGCCCUCCAAGCAUGGGCCUACCACCCCAAGGCAUGCCGCAGAGCCUUCCUCCGGCUGGCAUGCUCCAGGGCCAGACACCAAGCCACGGCUACGCUCCACCGCACAUGUGGGCACAGGGCCCACCACAGCCUUCGCCCCUCUCCCAGCAGCACAACAUGCAGCAGUAUGCUCAGCGCUCGGCCCAGCAGUCGCCACACCCGCAGCCUUCGCCUAUGCACGCUUCACCUCAGCUUCACCAGGUCCAGAGCAGCGGCUCCAUGCAUGGUACGCCUGUCCAGCAGUACCAGACCAUGAACCCCAUGAAUAAUGAAGGCGGAUAUCCCCCGAUGGGACAGAAUCCCUAUCAACCCAGCCCAAGCCCCCACCAGUUCAUGCAACAACAGCAGCACCAGCAGCAACAGCAACAGCAACACCAGACGUCCGCUCCACAGCAGCCUGGCAUGCCUGGAUGGGCUCCGGGAGGGCAAGGGCAAGCUCCUCAGCCUGGCUGGCAGAACUAUUGA